AUGUCUCAAGACCCAUCUAGCCUGGCAGAGAAGCCCGGGGGAGGGAGAGGAGGAAAGCCCAGAGAGUCAGGAAUGACUCAUUCUCAGGGACUGUUGACCUUCAGGGAUGUGGCCAUAGAAUUCUCUCCGGAGGAGUGGGAGUGCCUGGACCCUGCUCAGAGGGCCUUGUACAGGGACGUGAUGGUGGAGAACUACAGGAACCUGGUCUUCCUGGAUAUCUUUACCAGAUGUGUGAGCAAAGAAUUACCACCAAAAGAAGACAUUAAUAAUGGAGAAUUAUUCCAAACAUUAAUUUUCUUGGAAAGACACAUAAGACAUGAGUUUGAGGAUUUUGAUUUGAGAAAAAUCCAAGAUGUGAACAAAUUUGAGACUCAGUGGCUUUAUGAAGAAAAAAAUUACGUAGAAGACACUGCAACCCAUUACAAAAAUCUCGCCUGUAGAGAACAUCAACAACAUCAUAAAUUCUGUAAUCAUUUUCCUGUAAAGCGCAAUGUUUCCAUAGGAAGAAAUACAUCUGAAUAUUACAAACAUGAUACGGUGAGUAAGGCACUAAAAAACAAGGUAAGUUAUUCAGGAAGCAAGUAUACAAACUGUUUGGACAGUACACUUGAAUUAAGCUUUCAUUCACAUCUGACUGAACUGCAGAGAUUUCAGACCCAAGAGGAAAUUCAUGAAAGUAACCAAGUUGAGAAGCCUACCAAAAAGACUUCAGUUUCACUUCAAAAAAUUCCUUCUAGUGUCAAAACCAACAUUUUUAAUAGAUAUGGGAAGGUUCUUAUGCAUCCUUCAUCACGGACACAACACCAGAAAACACCCAAAAGAGAAAAACCUUACAAAUGUAAUGAGUGUGGGAAGGCUUUUAGCCAUUGCUCAACCUUAGCUAAUCAUCAAAGAAUUCAUUCUGAGCAGAAACCUUACAAAGGUAAUGAGUGUGGCAAAGCCUUUAAGAGGUUCUCAAACCUUACGAGGCAUCAGAGAAUCCAUGCUGGAGAGAAAACAUAUACAUGUAAUAUAUGUGGUAAAGAUUUUGCCACACAGUCACAUCUCUGGGGUCAUGAGCGAAUUCAUACUGGAGAGAAGCCUUACAAAUGUAAUGAGUGUGGCAAAGCCUUUUCUGAUGGUUCAUAUCUUGCUCAACAUAAGAAUUUCCAUUCUGGACAGAAACCUUAUAAAUGUAAUCAGUGUGGCAAGGAUUUUGCCACGCGUUCACACCUCUGUAUUCAUAAGAGAAUUCAUACUGGAGAGAAACCAUUUAGAUGUAAUGUAUGUGGUAAAAAUUUUAUGAUACCUUCACAGCUUUGGGGUCAUGAGCGAACUCAUACUGGAGAGAAGCCUUACAAAUGCAGCGAGUGUGGCAAAGCCUUUUCUAGUGGUUCAAAUCUUGCUCAGCAUAAGAGAAUCCAUUCUGGAGAGAAACCUUACAAAUGUAAUCAGUGUGGUAAGGAUUUUACCACACGGUCAUACCUUUGGAGUCAUGAGAGAAUUCAUACUGGAGAGAAACCUUACAAAUGUAAUGAGUGUGGCAAGGCCUUUAUCAGAAGUUCAAAUCUUACUCAACAUAAGAGAGUUCAUGAUGGAGAAAAACCCUAUAAAUGUAAUGUAUGUGACAAGGCCUUUAGUCAGAAUGCAAGCCUUACUGUUCACCAAAGAAUUCAUACUGGGGAGAAACCUUAUAAAUGUCAUGAAUGUGGCAAAGCCUUUAAGCACUACUCAAGCAUCAAUAAUCAUGAGAGAAUUCAUACCAGAGAGAAACCUUACAAAUGUCACGAGUGUGACAAAUUCUUUAAGCACUGUUCAAGCCUGAGUAGACACCAGAAUAUACAUAGAAUGAAAUAUAGAUGUAGAGGUUGUGGUAAGGCUUUUAUUAAAUGGAGUACCCCAUUGACACAACACCAAAAAACACCCAAAAGAGAAAAACCUUACAAAUGUAAAGAGUGUGGGAAGACUUUUAGCCAUUGCUCAACCUUAGCUACUCAUCAAAGAAUUCAUUCUGAGCAGAAACCUUACAAAUGUAAUGAGUGUGGCAAAGUCUUUAACAGGUUCUCAAACCUCACGAGGCAUCAGAGAAUCCAUACUGGAGAGAAACCAUAUAAAUGUAAUGUAUGUGGUAAGGAUUUUAUGAUACGUUCACACCUUUGGGGACAUGAGCGAAUUCAUACUGGAGAGAAGCCUUACAAAUGUAAUGUGUGUGGCAAAGCCUUUUCUGAGUGUUCAAAUCUUGUUCAACAUAAAAGAAUCCAUUCUGGAGAGAAACCUUAUAAAUGUAAUCAGUGUGGUAAGGAAUUUAUCACCCGUUCACACCUUUGGGGUCAUGAGAGAACUCACACUGGAGAGAAACCUUACAAAUGUAAUGAGUGUGGAAAGGCCUUCUCCGGGAGUUCAAAUCUUACUCAACAUAAGAGAAUUCAUGCUGGAGAGAAACCAUAUAAAUGUAAUGUGUGUGACAAGGCCUUUAGUCAGAAUUCAAGCCUUACGGUUCAUCAGAGAAUUCAUACUGGGGAGAAGCCUUACAGAUGUCAUGAAUGUGGGAAAGCCUUUAAGCAGUAUUCAAGCCUGAGUAGACACCAGAAUAUACAUAGAAUGAAGAUAAAGAUGUAGAACCUGUGGUAAGGCUUUUAUUAAAUGUUCUCACAUUUGGAGUCAUGAGGGAGUGCAUACUGCAAAGAAA